GGGGAGUUGGACCAGAUGGCCUUUGGAGGUUCCUUCCAACUCAAAUGAUUCUUUGAUAGUUCUAUUACAUACCUUCAGGAGGUCUCUGUAGGGUAGCAGCCAUCCCUUUCCAUCUGCCCCAGGCACCGGGCUGGCCUUGCUCACUGUGCCCACUCUUUCCUUCCCCCACACCAUCCCAAACAAUGAGGCUUUGUCUCCGCACGCAUCCAGCAGUGGUGGUUCCUUAGGCCCCUAAGCCCUAUUUUGUGUGCGUGCUCUGAGCUUAACCAGCACAUUCCUGCCAGAGGUUAAGCCUGGGCACCAUGUGGAUAAUCCAGGGUUUUUUGGCUUCCUUCUCCCAGUGACAGUCAUGAUAAUGAGCCCAUGUGUGUCAACCGUUCUCCUGCCCCUUACCUCUUCCUCUCUUCCAAGCCUGUAGGGCUCAGGGACAGAACAGGAUCAUAGCUACAAGGCAGGAGAAUUAGGGUGGCCAACAGGAGGAAAGGUCCUGCUGCAGGCCCAGCAUCCUGUACUGGUUCAUCUGCUACCUUAGAAUGCCACAGCCCUUCAAGGUACCACAGUCUGGCUGUCCACAGUUACUUUGCCAUCACCAUCAACGUAUAUCAUCCAGCCUCAAUGGUGUCUGCCAUCUGCCUGGUCCCAAGGCUAAAGUGUGAGCCACAGCAGAGCAGAUGGUUGUGAGGAAAGAAGUGGCCUUGGCACGAGAGUAGGACUGGAGUGAGUUGCCAGAGCUGGAAAGAGGAUCUUCAGUGAGCAGGAGCCAGAAGGGCUGGAAGCUGGGAUGGCAGGACACCAGGGUUCCCCGAGCACAGCAACAUUCUCAGGAACAGAGCAGGAAAAUCAAAGAAAGAGGGGCCAAGCACUGGCUUAGGUAGGGGGUAGGAAGGGAGGAGAGUGAACCUUUUUCUUCCCCACUGAAAAUCCCCUAUUUUCCCUUAUCUCCUGGACAUUAAGUUCUUUGCUCUGGCCUCAGACUCCAGGCAGGAGUGCUCUGCCUCCCUCCUCAUGUGGUUAAUUUCUUUCCUGAUUAAAGGUGAUUAGGCAGCCCUAAAGCCGACAGAAAUGUGACCGAUGGGAACAGAGACAAACAGUCCAUUCAUGAUCUCUUAAAUCCCCCAGGCAGUAUUUAGAGAGCCUUGAAGAGAGACCUGGAGCAGAACCAUCCCAUCACUGCCUCCGUGUUCUCCUCUCUUCCUCCACUAUGUCCUUCUCUGAAGCAGAGGUGCAGAGUGCCCGUGGGGCCUGGGAAAAGAUCUAUGUGGAUGCUGAAGACAACGGGACAGCAGUGCUGAUCAGGAUGUUUACCGAGCACCCAGACACCAAGUCCUACUUCACACACUUCAAAGGCAUGGACAACGCCGAAGAGAUGAAACAAUCGGAUCAGGUCAGAGGCCAUGGCAAGAGGGUUUUCACUGCCAUCAAUGACAUGGUGCAACAUCUGGACAACACUGAGGCUUUUCUUGGGAUACUGAACCCGCUUGGCCAGAAACAUGCUACCCAGUUAAAGAUUGACCCCAAAAAUUUCAGGAUCAUCUGCGAUAUUAUCUUGCAACUGAUGGAGGAGAAAUUUGGUGGAGACUGCAAAGCCUCCUUUGAGAAGGUGACCAACGAGAUCUGCACUCACCUGACCAACAUCUACAAAGAAGCGGGUUGGUGAGGGCAGGCGACCUUCAGGCUCUUCAGACUUCUCACCAGCACUGAUUUGCUGCUUUUGGGCCUCCAGCCACAGUUGGAGAAUGAAAAAGUAAAAAAAUAAUUUAAAGAAGGCUUAUGUAAUGUAGAUGUUAACAUCAAUAAUUUCCUUAGAAGAUUGAGUUUCCAUGGUUAAAUGAAAACCACAGAUGCAUCAAAGCCAGCAUCCUGAUGAGCUUCACAGCUGCACCGCUCCAGGUGGGUUCCUCUGGGGAUGGGCUCUGAAAACCACAUUUGAAGACCAAGAUAUAAAGCUUGCCAUUUCUGAAAGACUUGCUCCUUUCAGCAGCAUCAGCCCAGAGAGGAACCAGCAGCCUUUACCUUGCCAUCCUCAUCAGUGUUGAGAAGGAAACUGCUUUCAAGCAUCUCCUGGGUCAUGGACUUUGCAGAGGUCAUUAUUUAAGAGACAAAGGAGUUGGUUUGGUUUUGAAGUACCAUGAUGGGAGAAGUGGGGGGAGAGUAACAUCUGAAGAAGGCACAGGGAAAGCCCCAUCCUGGACAAGGCAACAGCCCCCCAGCAUGGGGAGAGGUGCCUUGGAGGAGUUUCCAGCACAGAGGAUCCUGACACUGAACGUGGUCACCACUGGAUCCCCCUGGGCAGGGGUGAAUGUCUCCAGCACCUGGAUUUUGCACUGUGACUCCCAGAAGAUUGCUCUGGCCAUGCACCCAGGGGAGGGCAACAGCACCAACCUCCUGCACAGCUUCUCCUGACACUCCAGCAGUGACCAAGUCCAGAACUGUUUAAUUGCUUUUCCUUAGACAUGGUGAAAUCAUCAGCUGAUAACUGCAAAUAACCACAGGCCAUUCUGCUUCACUGUAACACAAUAAACAAAAGGAAAGCUGGUGCGUUCUCUCAUUCAGGCCCUGCUGGAGUGGCUGCUGGUACAAUGAGGGGCUGCUGGUGGUACAGGGCAGGGGUAGGGGAGUUACCAACGAAUAUAACAUCCAUACAAAGGAAAUUUGAUCUUGUAGAGCCAAGAAAACACUUUCUGAUUCAAAUUAUUACCUCAACAAUGUAGAAAUACACGUGCUACAGUUCAGUUCAUCAGCUUUGCUGAGCGAACACAGAAUCACAGAAUGAUUUUAGUCGGAAGGGACCUUUAAGAUCACCCAGUUCCAAUCCCCUGCUAUAGGCAGGGACACCACCCUUUAGAUCAGGUUGCUCAAAUCCCCAUCCAGCUUGGCCUUCACUUUCUAGUGCUUCCCUGAAGGCCUGUGGCAGGGGCAGCUUUGGUGAAACUCGGGGAAUAGAAAGAAACGCAGGCAAAUCAAUACAGGCAACAUCCUGCCUUAGAAGAGGGGGAUGUCAGAGAAGACCUUUUCUCCUUAAUGCUUCUAAAAUUAAUACUGAGAUAAUUUGCUGUCAGACUAUUACCAAUGCUUGGUUAAUCUGAUCUGCCACAUCAGAGCACUUCCAGCCUGUGCAGCAGAGUGGAUUUGAGCCUGUCCACAGUUACAACAGUCAGACUGCACACAGUCAGCACCAAACAAGCAAUGGUUGGAUAGCAAUGAUUUUUUUCCCCACGUGAGCCAGCAGCACCCCAGGCUGACCCACUCAAUUCCUCAAUGAACAGCAGAAAUAGGAACCUUGCCUCCCCUAUGUCAGUCUCCCUACUGAUGUCUUUCCCAGUACAAUUAGGAAGGCACUGGGGACCUGUCACCCCAGCAACAUGAGGCAGAGGCCACAGAGGCAAAGCCACAGGAGAACUUCCUAAUUGCCUGCUGAUGUUCCCUGUCUGCCUACACAAGAGAAAGAGGAGAGUAAGAGGGGUGGGCGACAUGCCAACAUUUCUUCCUCUCUUCCCCUGUACUUCCAGCUCCUACACAAUUUCCUGCUUUUGUGGGCUGGAGUGCAAGCCAGGGCUCCAGGUUCUACUGAAAAAUAUUCAAGAAUUGCAUCAACAGUUACAGUGCAAAAAUGAAUCAAGAAGCAAGUAGGGGAAAAAAAAGGACCAAAACAAAAAAUAAAUUACCAUACAAAACCAAUGGAAAGUCAGACAAAUGCUUUUAUAAGCCACUGCUUCCAGAGAAACUAACCUGUUCCACUUACUGAACUAAGGACAGUCCUGUAAAUGAAGGUGUCCUGUGAAACAUGGGGUGGAGAGCAGUGGAACAGGUGAGCUGUUGGUGCUGCACAGCCCUACCUGGGGUUGCACACUGCCAUCACCUCUGGCACAAGGCUCAUUUUGCACUUACACUUGCUUUACGCUCACUGCAACUUCAUCCACUGCAAAACCCUGCAAAAUGGAGUAACAAACAAGGUGCCAUUUCCUGCCCUGCAGAAGCACCUUGCUGCAAUACUGAAAGUUUGCCAUAUCCCUGGGGCAGAACUGGUCAAAACAGAUAGGACAGACAAACAGAUGGGACCCAGGAUAUACUUAAAGACAAGUAGCCCCCUCCUCUCUAUUUAAAGUACACCACUAGUGCUGUCAAAACUCUUAAUUACAUGAUGUAGCAGUUCCCUUCCAUAAUCAUUUUGAUCUUCCAGACUAAGGUAAGUCAACACCACCCCUCAACUGUCCAGCAGAAUAGAGAAAUAAUGAAAAGCUCACGGCUUCUCCCUCCUGGAUACGAAGGUAGCUCAGUUCUCACUGAAAGGUUUAAGACCAUGAUCUGCACAGGUGCACUUAACAAAGCAGUCUCACUGACAAAUGUUCCAGCUCUACUGCAUCAGAAGAGAGAACCAUCAAUCACCUUAACUUAGUUCUAUUUCAAACCACUCUUCGGUCCUCGUUUCCAAGAGAAAGCACAUUUCCACGUGCCAAUCAGAACUAGUGGUGAGACUUACCUUUUAUCUGCCUAAUGUCUGUCUGGCACUUGAAUACUGUGAAGCUACCCACCCCUGGAGAUCCUAUAAAUAAUGAAAGGCUCAGCUCCAAACACCCUUCUUUAAUUAAAAAAAAUAAACAAAAAGAAAGCAUCUGCAAAAUAGAUAGCAUAUUAUCCAGAACUUGGUAGUGAGUAGUAUUUUUAAUUGCAGUAUGAUUUUUUUCUUGCCUUUUUAAACACAGCCUCUCUGGCCUGCAUGGGGAGUCCUCAGUUCUGGAAUGUUUUUAUUGCAGGAGUUGGUAAUCCACUCAUCUGCAAUUCUGCUGUACAAGAUGCAUUUAGAAAUGACUUCACCUUUGUCACACUAGCAGUGAGAACUCCAUUAUAAUGGUGUGAUAACAGAUUUUAGCAAAUGUUUAUCAGAGGGAUAACUCCAGUAAUUCACAUCUAUCAUGCAGCUGGGUAACACAAGAUGUCACAACAUAUUCCUAGGAAGGAAACUCGCACUCAGAUUUCAAGUGAGUGAAUAAAAAUGUGGUAAAUAGGUAGCCAUUGUUAUUAUACUGUUUCUAUAGGAGCUUAAAAAGACACAAAUAUGCAGUGGUUGAGUACGAACCACGUUGGAUACAAGUCCUUGCAGAGAUGUAAAGGCCCUGCUCUAGCUCAAUGCCAGCCAAAACACUGCACAAUCAUCUACUACUUGAGAAUUAUCAGCUAUGUGUUCUGACCACAGUGAAAACUAAACACAGAAAAAGAUACUCCAGGAGGAAAUGCACAGUGAAUUUAUAGCUGAAUAGCUAGGAUUAGCUGGCCUCCAGAGGCCCUUUGAUUAGGGCAUAUACUGUUAGAACCAGCUGAAAAUGCCAAUAUAUCAUUACAAACAUUGCUGCUGUUAUGUAACUCAGUGGUGGCACCUCAAGGAGAAUAUACUAAAUUCUAAUUUCUUUCUUCUGUGUCAAAAUAGAAGCUACCCAAGUAAUUGAUUUGAUCCAAAGCCGUUUCAGUCUGACAGAAUCCACAGCCAAGUCCUUUAUGUAAAGAGACUUUGUACCUAAAUCACAGAAUCAUAGAAUCACCAAGGUUGGUUGGAAAAGACCUCCAAGAUCAUCCAAUUCUACUGUCCACCCAUCACUAAUAUUUCCCCACUAAACCACAUCCCUCAGUACUAUACUGAAAUGUUUCUUGAACACCAACAGGGAUUGUGACUC